UUUAUUUUUAUUAUCAUGUUUGUUUGUUUGUUUGUUUGUUUGUUUGUUUGUUCUGGCCUCAGCAGGUCCAGCCUCUUUCUGUUUCUGCUGUUUUCGGUUCAGUUUGUGAAGAAUCGAAACUGAAACCGAACCAGAACCUUAAACCCUCCUCCCGGUCCUCCGACCGGAUCAGUCGGUGUCAGGACCAGAACCAGGACCAGAACCAGAACCAUGGGGGACGUCGAGUGUCCUCCGCUCAUCGUAGAGGGGGACUGGAGUCCGGAGCAGAACCGGACCGUGAAGAACAAACUGCAGAAAUACUUCCAGAGCAAGAAGAGGUCCGGAGGGGGGGACUGCCGCGUGGAGGCGGAGCAGGAGGGCCCCACGGCCCGGCUCUUCUUCUGCUGCGAGGCCGACAGGAAACGAGUUCUGCAGAGGAAAACUCAUGAAAUCACUGUGGAAAACAAAACGCUGACGUUACGUCUGAGCGCCGCUCCGACAGACACACCUGUGCAGAGCUCGACCAGCAGCCGAGAUGUUUCAGAUUUAAAACCUCCUGAGUCUGAACCUAAACCUGGGCCUGGGCCUGGACCUGGACCUGGAUCUGGGCCUGGACUUGGGCCUGGGCUUGGACCUGGACCUGGACCUGGGUGCAAACCUUUUCUACUUUAA